GAGAGGGAGGAGGAAAAAAAAUUGGUCACAUUUCUCAGACACCUGAAAACGUGCUGGUUAUUUUAGGACGCGUGUUGCUCAUUGAUGAGUGUGUGUGUGUAAAGAGAGAGAGAGAGAGAGAGAGAGAGAGAGAGAGAGAGAGCUUAUACCCAUUCCACUCCGGUCAUGUUUUGAUUGUGACUAUACGUGUCAAGCAGCUGAGAGCUCCGGGACCCUCUGUGAUUCAGACAAGUUCCACAGUGAUCCCUCUCCCCACAGCCUGGCAGCAGCAGAAGGUGUCCGGACGCAGAGCCGAGCAUCCCUUCACCCUUUGGAGACGAUCUGAGGCAAUAACAGAUCAUUUUCAACAUUUCUUUUUUUUUUGCACACAUUUCUUCUACUCUGCUGUUUUUGGAGUCUUUGCCCGGGUCUUCACCCCCCACUGCCCUUUGCGCACUCCCGAUUCUCUGAGAUUUUGGAUACGCGCUCUAUGCCUUGGCAGUUCAUGACCCUUUCACCUGUGUCAACGAAACUCCUCGGUGGUGGCAGGCAGCAGCAGCAGUCGGUCCAGCAUUAAAGCCAGCUCACGAUUUAACGCCACGGAACCGGAGAGCAGCAUCGACCGAGCGGAGAACAUGGAGAACAGCCCUGGUGGUGGUGUCAUCUUAUACGCCGGCUCAUCUGGCAGUGCCAGCCCGAGUCCUGGCAGCCCAUCCAGCGGAUACCAGACCCAGUCGCCCGCCUCCCACUCGCAGCCCUCGUCCCCAGAGAGUAUCUUCUUUCAGGAGCUUGGGGCCCCGAGGCAGAGAGGCGAACAAGGGGCAGGAACCCCUUCACCGAAAAUGGUCUUCCAGUUUCCCGAAGUAAACAAUGCUCCCGUUGCCCAAGUGACGACGGUAUCAUCGGCGACCUACAGCCAACCCCCGGUGGCCAAAAGACCUUGUGGUUUCACUGGCACGUUCACCAAAACUGGAGGAAUGGUGCUUCUGUGUAAGGUGUGUGGAGACAUCGCAUCCGGGUUCCACUACGGUGUGCACGCCUGCGAGGGCUGCAAGGGUUUCUUCAGACGCAGCAUUCAGCAGAACAUCCACUACAAGAUGUGUGUGAAGAAUGAAAACUGCCUCAUCAUGCGCAUGAACCGAAACCGGUGCCAACACUGCCGCUUUAAGAAGUGUCUGUCCGUGGGCAUGUCCAGAGAUGCUGUGCGUUUCGGGCGUAUUCCCAAGCGGGAGAAGCAGAGACUGUUGGACGAGAUGCAGAGCUACAUGAACAGCCUCAACGAAUCGGCUUCCAUGGAAAUGGAGGUGUCACCUCCCGGCGACGCCCUCGCCACGGCCAACGAAGGCCCCGUGUCACAGUCUUACCAGGUCGGCUUGACGAACGUCGACGAGAAACCUCUCAAGAUGGCUUCCCUCAACAGCAACGUCUGCCCGUCCUCCUAUCAGAACGGCUCGGUGCAGGAGCCCGCCCUGUCGCACCAGUCCUCCCAGCACACGGUUCACGGGGAGCAGGCGAACCGGACGUCGAGCUACCAAGUCCCCACAAACUGCCCCAGUGCCUCCGCCAACAAUGAGAACUCCACCAACACUAGCAUGGACAAUGCCAAGUACACAUACUCCUCCAAUCAGAAUCAGUGCCCCGUUAGUGGCCACCUAUCACAUCAGUCCUUCUCAGCCAAUCAGAACAGUUUUCCAGCCAAUGAUUCCCCGAACCAAAACGCCUGCCCCUGGAAGCUGAACGGAGGCGCCAAAGUGCUGGCGUGUCCACUCAAUUCGUGUCCUGUGGCUCCAGCCAGUCGCUCCAGUCAGGAGGUGUGGGAGUCGUUCUCCCAGUGCUUCACCCCCGCUGUCAAAGAGGUAGUGGAGUUUGCAAAGAGCAUCCCCGGCUUCCAGACUCUCAGCCAGCAUGAUCAGGUCAUGCUGCUCAAAUCGGGCACAUUCCAGGUUCUGAUGGUGAGGUUCUGCUCACUGUUUGACCCCAAGGAGAGGACAGUAACCUUCCUCAACGGACAGACCUACUCCCUGGCCUCACUGAGGGCCCUCGGCAUGGGCUCCUUACUGGACGCCAUGUUUGAUUUCAGCGAGAAGCUCGGAUAUCUGGGUCUGGAGCCGGAUGAGAUGGCUCUUUUCAUGGCCGUCGUGCUCGUGUCAGCCGACCGCUCUGGUAUAGUGGACAUGGGAGCAGUGGAGCUCCUGCAGGAGAAUCUAAUCAAAGCGCUGCGCUCUCUCAUCACCAGUCGCCGCCCGGACGACAGCACCCUCUUCCCUAAGCUGCUGCUCCGUCUGCCAGACCUGCGCACGCUCAACAACCAGCACUCUGACAAGCUCUUGGCCUUCCGCAUCGACCCUUGAGCUCACACGGCCCCCGCAGCCUACCGAGGUCUCUGCUUUGGGGGGGGAACAGCCACCCGGGCUCCCCAUGCAAGCCAGGCCUGCCACAUUCAGUACAGUGGUCCCUGCUUGGUGGUAGUUGUUGUGGGAGCUGUGCCAACAGAGCUGCUGUGACAGAGUGGACUCAGCCAAGGACAGAUGCACAGUAGGAGGUGGAAGCUCCAGAACUCAAACUGAUCUCUUCUCCAGUUGCUUCCAGGGCUGCUUAAAAAAAAACAAAAAACUGUUAAAACAAAGUCUGUGUUCUUCCUCAUGUUCUUCGAGUCAACAACCAACCACCAAGUCAUUACCUCUCCCCCCUGGAAUUUUGUCCGAGACAGUUUCACCUCUAAAGACCAAAAAGAAAAGAGGGCUCUAUGUUCCUCACCAGACUGUGUCCUCCCGGCGACGCUCAUGAAGCUCGAGGGAGGGAAGCUCAUACUCUUUCCCAGAAAAAAAACACACAUGCAAACAUUCACCAACGAUGAUUUCGUACUGUACAUUCAUGCUACAAGUGUCAUAAUGCACUUUCCAUACAUUGAGAAACCUCUUGCAUUACUAUAUAUCAUAGCAAUAGAAAUGUCUAUCACAGUUAGGAGGAUGGUUUGUGUUUGCCCUGUUCAAAGGAUGUAAGCUAUUUUCACAAUGUGUCACCAUGUGGGAAAUCUUUAUAUAUAAAAAAUUACUCAUCUGUGACUGAGAAAUAAUAAGACAUUUUUAAGAAAUGAUUUGCGUUGUAUACUUGUAUGCGGUAAUCAGGGAGAAGUUUUUGGUCAUUUCCGACCAAAGUGUCUGAUGGGUAAAACGGUUGAGGUGUUCUGUUGUAUAUUUUGUAUAUAACCUUUAUUGUUGGUGCAUACCCACACUAGUUUGCAGAUUCUCUGAUAUGUAAAUUAAAGUUAGUAUUGAAAAUAUUGUAUGAUGUCACACAUAAUAGAGUUGCUCUGCAGGCUGCAGAGACGGCAGCAUUUGAACCAUGUGUUCUGUGUAUAAGCUUUUUAUUUGAAGAUAUAUAAAUGAAAUAUAUACGUAUUGUCAACUGACUGCAUCACCUUGUGAAUAUUUUGUAAAUGUUUUAUGGUUAAACAUAGAGUACCAUUAUUAAAAUAACGUUCUAUAGCAUC